AUGGGAUUAUUAUCUAAGGGUAAACUACUUCCUUGGGAACAAACAAAACAAUAUGCUGACCAUAUUCGUAAUCAAGGAAUCAACCAAUUUUUAUCAAUUUAUAAUAAAGCAAAAGAUAGGGAAAAUGAUAGUUUAUUGUGGGGUGACGAGAUUGAAUAUAUGGUAAUUGCGUAUGAUGAUGGAAACAAGAACGUAAAAUUAUCAUUAAGAGCUCAAGAUAUUUUACAAGAAUUGCAAAAAGAAGUAGAGGAAGCAUUGAGAAAAGGUGAAGUAGUUGAUGCAUUAUGGCAUCCCGAAUUUGGAGCGUAUAUGAUCGAAGGUGUUGAUCGAUUUGACUUAUUUGGAGUACCCGGUAUUCCUUACGGAAGUUCUUUAAAAAGCUUGACUCUGGUUGAACAAAAUAUGAAACUUAGAAGAGAAAUUGCAUCCAAAUAUUUAAACCCAAAUGAAAGUUUAGUUACUUUAGUCAACUUCCCACGUCUCGGUUGCUCAAGUCAAUUCUUAGAGCCUCAUUAUGAACCAUUUGGGCCUGAGUUAAGAAGUUUAUUUGUGCCGGAUGAAGCCCUGAAUCCACAUGCUAAAUUUCGGGCAGUGAAUGCUGGUAUUGAAGGUCGUCGAGGAUCGAAGGCCGCUCUCAAUGUUCCCAUUUUUCAUGACAAAAAGAGUCAGAAUUCAUUUAUUUACUGUGAAGAAGCUUUACCAGAUCAUAUAUAUAUGGAUUCGGCAGUUUUUGGGGGCUAUUUGUCUGACAUAGAUUGUAGAUGGAUGGUGCUUGCAGAAUGUGCUGAUGAUCGUACAAAAGAAGAACGGAGUUUAGAGGAUAAUAAAUUUUCUGAGUUAAUUAAGGUGAUGCUUCAAUAUCUUGAAUCAGGAAAUAUUGAUGUUGAAACAAGAUAUCAGUUGGAAAAUUAUCUUGAGUUUGUUGACAUGCAUGCUAGUGCGACAUGGAUAAGAAAUUUUGUACGAUCCCAUCCAAAUUAUAAUCAUGAUUCAGUAGUAUCUCAAGAAAUUAAUUAUGAUCUUAUAAAAAUGAUAGAAAAGAUACAAAAUGGUCAAAUCAAGAUGCCUGAAUUAUUGGGUGAAUUUAAAAUUAAUUGA